AUGCCAGAAGCCGACUCGACCAGGAAACGUUCCCGCUCGCCUUCGGACAACGAACAACAAAAGCACCACAAGCGGGCCAAUACAGGCGCUACGUCCUCGGAUGACUUGCGCAGCCAGGCUCUCCAAGGUUCCGUCCCAUCCGCUGUCGCAGCGUCGAUGACGGGUGACGUAAAUAUGACCGAGGUCGUGGUGUCCGCGGACGACACAGCUGCGUCUACCCCUUCACCCUCUCAGCCUUCCGACAAGCCCGCCUCAGCUGAAAUGCCGGAGACCUCUGUUGACGCCACUUCUUCUGGUGAGACACGCGAAUCUUCUGCGACCACUUCUGCUGCACCCGCUCCCGCGUCUGCACCCCCUUCGGCGAACAUACACAUGCGGUGCUUGAUUGUAACCCAGGAUGCCUCAAUCAUCAUUGGCAAAGGAGGUUCGCAUGUGAACGAAAUCAGGGAGAAGAGUGGGGCUCGGGUUAUGGUGUCGGAAAGUAUUCCGGGCAAUCCUGAACGUAUUUUGAAUGUUAGUGGGCCAUUGGACGCGGUAUCCAAAGCAUUUGGCCUCAUCGUGCGGCGGAUCAACGACGAGCCGUUUGACAAGCCUUCCGUUCCUGGCAGCCGUGCUGUCACUAUCAAGUUCAUGAUCCCGAAUUCUCGCAUGGGUUCUGUCAUUGGUAAGGGUGGAACAAAGAUCAAGGAGAUCCAGGAUGCUAGUGGAGCCCGACUCAAUGCCAGCGAGGGUAUGUUACCUGGUUCUACUGAGCGCGUCCUAAGCGUGUCUGGCGUGGCGGACGCGAUCCAUAUCGCCACUUACUAUAUUGGGAACAUCCUAAUCGAGGCGAACGAGCGUAUGCCGUCGUACAACAAUUCGUCGUAUCGCCCAUCGAGCUACUCACGUCGCCCGGCAUAUGGAGGCUCAUCAUAUGUACCAGGCUACUCUGCGCCGCCCUAUGCUUCGGGUAGCGCUUCGCACAAUCCGCCGCAGCAACUGCAGACGCAGCAGAUUUAUAUCCCGAACGACCUCGUCGGGUGCAUUAUCGGGAAGGGUGGCGCCAAGAUCAACGAGAUUCGGCAUAUGAGCGCUAGCCAGAUCAAGAUUAUGGAGCCAGGCGCGGUCGGUGUGGGGAUGAACGGCGGUACUGCACCUGCAGGAGGUGAGGGAGAGAGGCUGGUUGUAAUCACAGGCCAGCCCGCCAACAUACAAAUGGCGGUGCAGCUGCUGUACCAUCGCUUGGAACAAGAGAAACAGAAGCAGCUUCGAGCACAGUCUUCCAGCUCGUGA